AAAAAAAAAUAUGUACUUGGAUCAUAGACGGAUAAAAUGAGGGUUAGGCAGGUAUGUAUGAAAACUUUAUUAUACUACUACCCUCAAAAUAAUUAGCAAAUACAUAUUUUCACUAAGUACUUAUUCUCGUCACGGCCAUUUUUUCUGUGGGCUUACUGUGUUAAAAUGUCUUCUGCUUGCAAUAAAAGAAAGGCUUCGCGGCCAGCUGAAAAAUGUACACCAAUACCAAUACGCAUCGAACGCGUCAUGAUAAGCCACCGAUUGCUCAAGGCGCAAAUAAUAGAGCUGGUCAGGGCAAAUCAAGGAGGGGUGACCAUAAUUACAUUACUACCGCUCUACAGGGAGCGUUUCAAACUGGACUUCCGGUUCCCUCUCUUUGGGCACCGGUGCCUGUUAAGUCUGCUCUCCCAGAUGACAGAGCACUUAGUCCUCACUUUGCUUGAGGACGGGGAAUGGUUCGUGCACCUGCGCGGCACCGAGCCCGUGUUCCCUCCGGCCCCCAUCCCUCGCCCCGUGCGCGCCAGCACGCCAGUCACAGCCGAGGACGCGCUGCCCAACAUCCCCUAUGGCAAGGACGUGUUCCCCGAGGACUGCAUGCAGCUGACGGAAGUCAUCCCGGAGUCGUCACUGCGGGAUAUACAGCCCGGCGACGUGCUGGAGAUCAGUGUGGGAGAAGUGUACUCACCCUCGCACUUCUGGCUAAUCCGCGUCGGCGAGGAGUACGACACUGCCUUGCAGAACAUAAUGGAUGAGAUGACGCGCUACUACGACGUCGAGGGUCGGUCACGCAUCCUGGCGGUCGGCGCCUUUCGCGUGGGGCACUACUGCAGCGCGGAAUACGGCCGUCGCUGGCACCGCGCGGUCAUCGUCCAGCUCGUUGACAGCGACACUGCCAAGGUGCGGUACGUGGACUACGGCACGGUGGAGUCGUUGCCGCGCCGCGAGCUGCGGCCGCUGAAGCGCGAGUGGGCGCAGCUGCCGGCGCAGGCGCUGCGGGCGCGGCUGGCUGGCGUGCGUCCCUGCGCCGACGCUACCCGAUGGCCGUUCGCUUCCUCCGCGCACUUCUUCAAACUGGUGUCCGACAUGCAGCUCGUCGCUACCGUCGUCUCAGUCAACACCGAGGAGGAGGUGAUGGAGACGAUGUUGCUGGACACGUCGACGCCGGUGGACGUCUGCGUCAGCGAGGCACUGGUCAAAGCCGGCCACGCCGACGCAAGGCGCGACAGCGUUCUGGGGACGGAGCCGUACCUACUCCCGACGUUCGAGGCACUCGAGAGCGGCGCCACGCUCAGCCUGAAGGAAAUAGAGUUUAACCUGAGCAACGGCGUGGCGCUGCAGAAGCUCCCUGCCUAUGUGGAGCACGUCAUUGAGCCCAUCAAGCGCCCCACGACCACCAGGGACGAAGCACCCGGCCAGAACAGAGACUCUGAGUCAGAGCCAUCCACGCCGGGUCAGCUGCUACUGGCGGCGCUCCAGGGCGGUGCGAGCUCGUCGUCAUCCCUCGACGCAGAGCCCCGGUCGCACUCGUCGACACCGCUCGGGGAGAGGCCAUUAAGCUCCUCGGCGUCGGUCGGGUCGGUCGAGUCGGUUGAGUCGGAUGUAGCAGCACUGACUCUGGCGGAGCGCGACACCUAUAACUCGCUGUUCCGAGAGAACCCGGUAGCCGCUCACUGGUACAAGGAUGGCGCGCUGGGACGCGCCAUGCACACCGAGUAGGGAACUAAACCACCGUUAACGUCACAAUCGCUGUCACUCCUCACCGAUCCCCGCGAAAUACAUACAUAUACAGAGUUGCAACCUAAAUGCUACCAGCUACCAAUUGCUACCCUCAUAGUUUUGAAGAUAUUCAGCAGAUGACAGCCAUUCUGAAGUCAGGAUGGCUGUUUCUUUUCCCAGUGUGAAGAAACGGUGCAAAACUAUUGAGGUUUUCACACUGGGAAAGUUACCGCCAUCCUGAUAUCAGAAUGGCUGUCACUUUAGAUGCUGAAUAUCUUCAAAACCACGAGGGUAGCAACUAAUGGUAGCUGAUAGCAAUUAGGUAGCAACUCUAUAGGUAUUUCGAGGGGAUCGGUGAGGAGUGACAGCCGUCAUGACGUUAACCUUGUUUUGGUUGGUUCUACACUUUAUUUUCCAAAUGUCAUGAGAAAAAAGAAACAGAGUAUAGAAACAGCUAAGUAUACGCGGGUUUAAAAUCGUUGGAGAGCUGUUUUUUUCCAGGACUAGGUUUUGCUAGGUAGAGGUAACUCAGUAGGUAUUUGCCUCGAAAUAAAAAGUUACUUAUAAUGUAAUUAUAAUUCAAGGAGUUAUGUUUACUUAAAUCUUUCAAGAAGGUGUACGUUUGUAUUUCUAUUUUUUAAAAGAUUUUUUAUAUUUUUACGCUACGAGCAGGAAGGUUUAAGUUUUUUUUUUUGUUUUGUUCAUUUUGUUAAAACAUGAAAUAAAUAACUACAACAUA